AUGUCAUCCAAAUCUUUAAAUCGCCGAACACGCAUCGACUUUGAUGCAAUCAGAGGGUUUAGGGGGCCUUCUCAGAGCGUGACCCGCCAGGAUGAUCACCUCACGGAUGGUGAAACUCCCAGUCGCCGCGGGACUGGAUUUAAUCCGGCAGCAGGAUUCCCGAGGGCCCUCUCGUCCGGAACCUAUCGUACCACCUCAGCAACUGGUUCGAAGCCCCUGAACCCCCCAGCAGCACUCGGACAUGGGACGGAGAAUACCUUGAUCGUGAAGCACCAAUCCCCGUGGGAAAAGUACAGAAAAAGCCAUUGCAUACGGCUUGGCGAGGAAGACGACGACAUGGUGGACGUGGCCGAUGUUAGACACCCGUGGUCCGCCGACUUUAUUGUCCCUCCUCAAAAGGAGGGUCCCACGCCGUACGUCGUCGCUAUCCUCAACGGGCUUGUGUACCUCGCGACAAAAGGACUAGAACACGGCUCUCUGACCACCUCGAAUAUUCUCAUCAAUGUCGCUGGCGAGAUCACAGCACAUCAGGAACUCUGUCGACCAUGUCCCCUGAGUAAUCCUGGAUCGAGAGAUCUUAAGGCUCUAAGCUCCAUCACAAUGGAGCUGAUGCAAAAGUAUGCCAAAGCUGAUGGUGCUGUCGGAGUAGAUGACCUGCGCCGGUGGCCCUCCGAUUCUCUGGCGGUCGAAUUCCUUUCUGAGACGACGUCUGCAACUUCGGCAGAGAGGUUGUUGAAGGCAAGUGACGGACCUCAGAUUUCCUCCUGGGUUUGA